AUGAUGAUGAUGCAAGCCAGGAAGUGUAAGUACGACGUCAUCGAACUGACCGAGACGAGGCGACGCCACCCACUGGACGCCGUGUAUGACACUGGAGAGGAAUUGUUCUUAGAAGGAAUAUGCGGCAGUAGAGGAGUUGGUGUCCUCGUCAACACGAAUAUCACAGUAAACAUCGACUCUUUCGAACAACUUACAACCCGAAUCGGACGUUUACAGAUGGGAGGAUGUGGUUCAACACCAGCUUUGACAAUCUUCGUCGUUUACGCUCCAACAUCAAGCUACCAAAAAGAAGAAGUCGAAGCUUCCUAUAUGGACCUGGAGAAGUUCUACGGAGAUCAUACAUUUUGCAAGGUCAUAAUUGGUGAUUUCAUCGCCAAAAUUCAUGGCCAUUCAUGUACCUAUGGCCUUUAA